UUAAACCAUGAUAAAGGCAGCCAUAUGGUACCAUCCUGUCACCACAACCGAACAGCUUGUUAGUUGUUAAGUCCAAAGCGGCUACACUUUGGUUAAGUCCAUUAACUGCUUGCAUUGGUGCUGGAAUAUUUUACUUUGUAAAAACAGAAAAACCAAGUAGAAAUCAACAAAAUGUCGUCUGGGAGAUCAUCGAGAGCGGAGACGAGAAGUAGAGCUAAGGAUGACAUCAAACGUGUUAUGUCAGCGCUGGACAAAGUUAGAAAAUGGGAAAAGAAAUGGGUGACUAUCGCUGAUACAACAAUUAGAAUUUUCAAAUGGGUUCCAAUGAUUGACCCUGAUCCUCCAAAACAGGAACCAAAAAAGCCAGAAAAUAUUGAGCAAAGAAUUUCAGCUGAAAAUCCACCGAGGAAUAAAUUUCUUGAAGCUUUAGAGAACUCAGCUCCAAAUAGCACAAAUGUCUCAACACCUUCCUCAGUUAAUGAGCUUGACGAUGAAAGUUCACGAGAUUCUUUCAUGCAAGAUGAGAAAUCAAUGGAUUCAACAUUAUUUAAUCAAGAUGACAGCAGUAAUACAAGAGAUUCUGCGAUCUUCAAUUCUAAUUCAAUGACACUACCAAGUUAUUCUAACCAAUCAUCUUCCAACUUUGCAGCCACGACUGACAAUGAUUCACAACAGAGCACACAAGACGAAACACCAGCAAAAAGAUUACGAAGCGAAUGAAGCUGACUGAAGAAAAAAGUCUAAAACUUUCCACACAUGCAAAUGCACGAGCUGACAACACUAAAGAGUGGAAUCAAAUCUUGUUUGUCUACAUUGCCUCAUGAUGCGAGAAGAAUUCUUUCAGUAUGCAGCUAACCUGCUCAGCCAUGUUUGUGACCUCCUGCAAUAUAGAAAAAAACAAUACUACACAAGCAUCUUACAAACUUACUUUUGUAAUAAAUUAAAUCAUUUUCAGUA